UCCAUCAACCAAGAAGACUCGUAAUAUAAAGGCGAUUGAAAUAGCGAUUAUCUCCCUUAAUUCUGACUUUAUUGAAUACUUAAUACCGGUAAGAAGAUUAUAAAGUAUUAUGUCUCGUGGAAGGGAUCGUGACCGCCGUCGUUCCCAUUCUCGCAGCAGAAGUAGGAGCAGGAGCAGGAACCGUGAAAGCUCGCCUAAUCGUCGUGGUGUGUCAGAGGUAACUUCUGACCCCAAGACUGUGAAUGCGAGGAUCUUUGUUGGCAGCAUCAAUGCCUUCAUAACACGAGAUAUGCUUCAAGAAUACUUCUCACAGUAUGGCAGAGUUUUGGGAGUUUCGAUUACAAGGAACAAGUUUGGUUUUGUGCAGUUUGAAAAGGAAGAGGAGGCUGCUGCUUGUUUGAAGGCUGGAAACAUCACUUACAUCAACCGCAACAGAGUUGAUGUGAAGCCAGCAAAAAUUAGUGGUGGGGGAGGUGGAGGACCCGGACCAGGGCCAGGAGCAGGAGCAGGAGGUGGGGUGGGUGGAGGUGGUGGAGGUGGAGGUGCUGGUGGAGGUGCAGGUGGAGGAAGUGGAAGUUCACAGGGAGGCCCAGGUAACAAGAAUGCAGGUGGUCCCCCAGGGGGGAAACGAGGCCGUUUCAGCGAGAAUAGAGAGAGAUCUCCCCCACCAGAUAGAGGCGAUGACUAUUAUGGGGACUACUAUGGACGUGGAAGAGGUAAUGGCAACGUAAACAGAGAUCGAGAGAGAGACAGGGACCGGGCAGGACGAGGGCAUUAUGAUGACAUAUAUGAUGACUACUACCGUGAUUAUUACCAGAGAUAUGAAGAUGCUUACCCUGGUCCUGGCCCAGCUCCAGAAAUUGAUGGGAGAACUUCACGCUCUUAUACCUCUAACUAUACCGAGCCUCUUGAUCCGCUAGACCCCAACAGGCCCAACGAUGUGGAGAUUGUGGUUCCAAAUAAAAUGCAAAGAGAUUAUGCUGAGAGCAUUGAACAGCAGCUAAAGGCCGUCAACCUGCUAGUGGACCUCCUGUACCCGCCACCUGACAUCCCUGCCACUCAAGUCCUACGUGACCUCAGCCAAUGUAACUGCCUGUACGCCAUUUUCAUCACAGGAGAGAAUGAAAGCCACAGGUCCCUCACUCUGAACAUUCUCCAUGGCACUCCGCAAGAGCACCGCAACAUGCCGGUUGAUGAUGCUUUGCGUUUAAUUGAACAAAAUUUUGGAGAAUAUGUCAAGAAAGCCCGUCAACGGAAUAUUCGUGAAGUUGUGCCCCGAGAUAUUCGCAUUUUGAUCUGUGAUUUACUCGACUCGCGUCCGCUCUCCAUGGGCGACCUGGACAAGUUAAUCAAGUACCUGAAGGAACGGCAAAGCAUACUGGUUGAUGACCAGAUUGAACAGAAACGAGAGACUGCUGCAGGAGCCAGUGCAAGUCGUCCCAUGGCAGUUACAUACCCAGGGUAUAAUUAUGGCUCUAACAGUGUGGUUGGUUCAGGGACACCAGUCAGUCAGAGCACAACAGCAGCAGCAACAGCCAGUGCUGCAACUGCAGGUACAGCAUUGACUGCUGCAGUUAAUGUUGUCCCUCAGAAUGCAGCUGCUGCUGCGGCUGCUGCUGCAGCUGCUGCUGCUGUUUCAGGCACUGCUUACCCAGCAUACGGUGGCAUGGCUGGUGUGUAUGGCGCUUAUGGUUUGGCACCACAGGUUCCAGCCACCCCAGUAGCACCACCCAUGAUAACUCAUGGGGCUGUGGGCAGUACAGGAAACAAGCAAAGUGAAUUGCAGGAGAGAAUACUGAAUCUGAUGAAGGGAACAACAGCUGGUGCAGUGCCCACAGGUGUCCCACCUCCCUCUGGUGUUCCUCCACCCACUGGUGUGCCCCCACCCUCAGGGGUGCCUGCCCCAAGUAUGGUGCCACCUGCCUGGUCUACAGGGGUGUCAACUCACACCAACAAGGUCAGCACCACAGGCAUAAAGCCCACUCAGUCGGCCCCCCCGGGGCAGAGCACUCUUUUUGCUGCCUAUAACCCGUGGAACCAAUGAGCUUCUUUAGAAACCGUGCGCAUUGUGUAGAGUACGAAACACCAUUAUUUGAGAAACGUCUACAUUUUCCUCCAAUUUUCUGAGAGAUACCUUGUCUGCGUAUGACACUGGAAAUGAUGGACUGAACAUUUUCGCGGAUUUUUCUUUCUAUGCACCAUUACCAGGAUACAGACACUUGAGAACGACUAUAAAACUGACUUUUAAUGUUAAGCAUGAAUUAUUUUGUAGAUGUGUGGGUGAUGUUAGGCAAAAAUGGGGGAGAGUUAAAAGCGAGGCACUUUUAGACACAGUGGCUUCCUAGAUAGGUUAAAGUAUAGAAGUAUCUGAAAUUAUAUAUAAAGGCAUUGAACCACCAAUGAACUUUGGAAAGGCAGAAUUAGAAGAAAGACCAGAUGUUUUAGAAAAUUAGUACUUAUCAAGAAUGAAGAGAAUUUGCAAAGAAGUUAAUGUUUGCAAGUGAUUUGAAUUCCUGAGUGAGAUAAUGUAUUUCUGAUUUUUUAAGUGACUCUCCAUCAAAUUUUUAUGAAAACUCAAUUUUGUAAUAAUGUAUUGAAAAAGAGUUGAAGAAUAAUCAGAGUGUAUACAAAGUGUAUGCAGAUUCAUCUCCCAGUAAGAGCUGGAAUAGCAUGGAUUUGAGGAGACGCAUUUAUCCAAUGUGUCUUAAAACACAGUGACUAAAUGGUUGUCAUAACUUGCUCUUUGAUUU